CCGCGGACUGGAGCUCCACGGGAGGCGAGGCCCGCAGAAAGGUUGCUGAGGGGAGGGCUGCGAGCGAUAGGCGCGGCCGGAUCUGAGAGGGAGUGGCAGAGUGGGGCCUUCUCCCCGGAGAGGCUCCUCCAGGCCAGGUCGCUCCCUGACCCUGCUGCGGGAGCUCCCGUCCUGCGCUAGGUGGCGAAAUGCGGAGGGGCUCUGCUAUUCGGGGGAAUGCGGUAGUGAUGUAUAAGGUAUGAAAGAUGUGGCCUGCAGCGCGCCGGCACUAGCGCCUCUGCUCGCGGCGGAGCUGCGGGAGUGAGCGCCAAGCUCCGGGAUCCCCAGUCCCGCGCGUUCCCGCGCGCCCGGCCCCAUACGGACCCUGCGGCCCGGGUACAGGAGCGGAGCCCGCGCGUCCUGCUCUGCAGCCAGAGCAUGAGUCUACGGGACUGAGUGGAGAGGGCGGUCCUCGGCUCUGGAAGGCCCUGACGGUGAUGAGCCUGUGCAGCAGCGUGGAGCACUGCAGCGAAAUGCACUCCGGCAUCUCUGAACACCACACAAGUUGCUGUCACAAAGGAUUACCUAAGUUCUCUGUGUCCUUAUCUGCUUGAUGACAAUAAUAGUAGUACCUGGAUGGCAUGUUGCCGCUACUUCCUUGGCUUCUCUAAAUGACAAUUCCUGACUUGUGGGCAAUCUCAGAAAACCAUCAUCCAAUUUCUUCAAUCCAGACCCCAGGGGUCCUGCUUUCCCCAGAGUCACCUCUGCGCGGCUGGGACACAUUGACUGAAGCACUUCUGAGGAUACUCCAUUCAGGAAGAGAUGAAGUGUGGCUCUAAGUCUUCAUGAUUGAAGAACUCUUUUGUCCAACAUAAAGCACUCCACAAGAGUGAAUGACAUGUCCAGCUCGGGGUGUCGUUUCUGAAGGGAGGAGCCUUUCUCUUGGAGAGGAUCCUCAAUGAGCCUGGCCGAGGCCCUGGAGCUGUGUGAAGUGGACUAAGGAUUAAGUAGGAUGUCAACUGAGACAGAACUUCAAGUAGCUGUGAAAACCAGCGCCAAGAAAGACUCCAGAAAGAAAGAUUCAUCCAUACAUGAGAUGCUUAUUGGGCACCUGCUGUUGGCCAGACACUGCUUUGAGUGUUGGGGAUCCUGUAAAAAAGGUCAGGAUCGCAGUGAAGCCACUUUGAUAAAGAGAUUCAAAGGUGAAGGGGUCCGGUACAAAGCCAAACUGAUUGGGAUUGAUGAAGUUUCCGCCGCUCGAGGAGACAAGUUAUGUCAAGAUUCCAUGAUGAAACUCAAGGGUGUUGUUGCUGGCGCUCGUUCCAAAGGAGAACACAAACAGAAAAUCUUUUUAACCAUCUCCUUUGGAGGAAUCAAAAUCUUUGAUGAAAAGACAGGGGCCCUUCAGCAUCAUCAUGCAGUUCACGAAAUUUCCUACAUUGCGAAGGACAUCACAGAUCACCGGGCCUUCGGAUACGUUUGUGGGAAGGAAGGGAAUCACAGAUUUGUGGCCAUAAAAACAGCUCAAGCGGCUGAACCUGUUAUUCUGGACUUGAGAGAUCUCUUUCAACUCAUCUAUGAACUGAAGCAAAGAGAAGAGUUGGAGAAAAAGGCACAAAAGGAUAAGCAGUGUGAACAAGCUGUGUACCAGACAAUUUUGGAAGAAGAUGUUGAAGAUCCUGUAUACCAGUACAUUGUGUUUGAGGCUGGACAUGAGCCAAUCCGUGAUCCUGAAACAGAAGAAAACAUUUACCAGGUUCCCACCAGCCAAAAGAAGGAAGGUGUUUAUGACGUGCCAAAAAGCCAACCUGUAAGUAACAGCCAGCCCUUCGAGGACUUUGAAGAGCGGUUUGCAGUGGCCAUGCCGAACAGAAACUUGCCCGUGGACCUGGAUGAGAUUCUUGAGGCUGCAAAGGCUGUGACUCAAUUAGAACUUUUUGGGGACAUGUCCACCCCUCCUGAUAUAACCUCUCCCCCCACUCCCGCAACUCCAGGUGAUGCCUUUCUCCCAUCUUCAUCCCAGACACUUCCGGCGAGUGCAGAUGUGUUUGGUUCUGUACCUUUUGGCACUGCUGCUGUACCCUCAGGUUAUGUUGCAAUGGGCGCUGUCCUCCCAUCUUUCUGGGGCCAGCAGCCCCUCGUCCAACAGCAGAUCGCCAUGGGUGCUCAGCCACCAGUUGCUCAGGUGAUGCCAGGGGCUCAGCCCAUCGCAUGGGGCCAGCCGGGUCUCUUUCCUGCCACCCAGCAACCCUGGCAAACUGUGGCCGGGCAAUUUCCUCCAGCCGCCUUCAUGCCCACACAAACUGUUAUGCCUUUGCCAGCUGCCAUGUUCCAAGGUCCCCUCACCGCCCUUGCAACUGUCCCAGGCACAAGCGACUCCACCAGGGCAAGUCCACAGACCGACACAUCCAAGCAGAAAAUGGGGAAAGAAAUGUUUAAGGAUUUCCAGAUGGCCCAGCCUCCGCCGGUGCCCUCCCGCAAACCUGACCAGCCCUCUCUCACCUGUACCUCAGAGGCCUUCUCCACUUACUUCAACAAAGUUGGGGUGGCACAGGAUACGGACGACUGUGAUGACUUUGACAUCUCCCAGUUGAAUUUGACCCCUGUGACUUCUACCACACCAUCGACCAACUCACCUCCAACCCCAGCCCCUAGGCAGAGCUCUCCAUCCAAAUCCUCUGCAUCCCACGCCAGUGAUCCAACCGCAGAUGACCUCUUUGAAGAGGGCUUUGAAAGUCCCAGCAAAAGCGAAGAGCAAGAAGCUCCUGAUGGCUCGCAGGCCUCCUCCACCAGUGAUCCGUUUGGGGAACCUAGUGCUGAGCCCAAUGGUGAUAAUAUAAGCCCACAGGCCGGAAGCUAGAUAGUGAAGGUCUGGAGCCAGAGCCUCUCUAUGCGUAGAUCGGCAGACCUAAGAAAUAGCAUUGAUGCAAGCUGACGGGGGUGUAUCAAGACUGGCAUGGAAAUCAGCAUCACAACAGGCUCUCUUGUAUUCUUCCACUUCAUCUCAUUCCACAGAGAAAUUCACAAUUGCCCAAUGGAACUUACUGAGAAGAGGAAACAACAUUUCUGGCAACCAGUGGCAGAUAUAUAUGGCAGCACAUAAAAUGGAAGAAAGGAAAGAAAAAAAGAAAGAAAGGAAGAAAGAAAGAAAGAAAGAAAGAAAGAAAGAAAGAAAGAAAGAAAGAAAAAGAGAUAAAGACCCACAAAAGUGUUUUAAAAGCCACACCCAACAUUAAAUCACAAAUCAAGCAAAUGCUUACCCAGCAGAUACUCUAAGCUUUCCUAGCUGGGUUUAAAGUGACCCAGAAUAUGAAAUCUUAAUUCUGCUUUGUUUUCUCCACUGAUUGGCCACUAGAGAGACAGCAGGUUUGGAGUGACAGGCAAGGCAUCUGAGAAUUACAGCAAGCUGACUUUUAGGCAAAGCAAGGGUCCUCUGGGACCGCAGUGCCAUCCUCCGUGUGCCUUUCGGCAGGGAAGAUGCUUGCUCGUGGCUCCAUAGGGCAUGAUCUGCCAUUUCACUCUUUUCCUUUCUUGUCAUGUUUGAAAGUUAAUGGGUGUACAAAUUUUGUCUUGCUUUUGACUUUUUAAAUUUUUUUAGAUUUGGGUGAAGAAAUCUAACUGGGGGGGAAGAAAAAAACCUCUUACAAAGUGAAUUAACUUGAAAUCACAAGACAAAUAAGUGGUUGAUUAUUCCUUAUGAUCAAGAAUGUUGCCAAAACAACCCUGUAGUUACUCUACACCCUGAUGAAGAAAGACAGUUUUCGGGUCAAAUCUUCAUUCUGUGAGUCGCAAAGGACAUCAUAUCCCAUUGAUGAGAAAGAUGAAAACUGCAUCUACUUUCCUAAGAAGCUCUAAACUCUGAGUACAAUAAAAUAAUAUUUUUAUUUUUUCCGAUACUUUGCUGCUGUGAUACUAUGCAGACAAGUGUCUCCUCCACGUGCCAUUUUCAAAGAAAAGUCAUUUGCCAAAUAAUUCUGGUACAAUUCUAGUAAUGUGGUUUUGGAUCUCAAAAACCAGCUUUCUGAGAGAACAAUGAUAACAGAAACAUUCAUCGUAACACACUGAAUCUGUGGUCAGAACGGUCCAUCUCUCUUUUUGUACAUCAGAAAAUCCGAAUGGGAUUCUUAUUUUAUAACUUAAAAAAAACCUUACCAUUAAACUCUUUAAAUAUUUAAGGGAAAUGGCUUUAAGGAGUUCUAAUGAAAAAAAAAUUGUCAGUUUCUUUUGUAAAUAUAAAUGUUAAUGAAAAUGCUUUUUAAUAAUGCCAUUACACUGUAGCGAAGGUAGCAGGUUGAGUGCAAGGUGUGAAACACUUAGUGAAUGGGUUCGCUUCCCAGAUACUACUCUGGAGCAAAAGGAGGAGGCUGGAGUUCAGGGGCAGCUGGCAGGAGCAGCUGACCAAUCAGCAGCCAGAGAACCACCGGAAGGGGCUUAGGACUCCCUCAUCCAACCCUUCUGAGCAUCUUGUGAGCAGAAGGCGAAAGGCAGUUUGAUUCCGAAGGCCUGGCCCGCACAUUACAAAACCUUCCCACCUCUCCACUCCCAACCACUUGCCCAUAAGUAACUGGACUGUUUGUAUGUGAAACGGAACGGUUUAAGCUUCCUGUUUUUACAUUUAUGGGACAAAAAGUGCAGUGUUUGGUUUGUAUGUUUAGCACAUGAUUUUCAUAAAGAAUCUAUAUAUUUUUGCCCUACAGAGAAUUGUUAUACAGGUCAAAUGUGGUCUCCUGAUGUUCCUAUGCAGUCACGGUAUAUUGCAGUUAGUAGUUUAACAGCAAGAAGCAAACUUUCAAAGAUCAUGUAGGUAAUUGGAUUUGUGGAUAAAUCAUUAUUACUUUGAAAAGUAGAUUUACACCAAUAUGGCUGAUUUAAAUAGGCCUGUAUACUUAGGCUCUUCAUAUCAAUAGAAACGAAAACAAUUCAGAAGAUCAAUUUUAAAACAAUUGCGUACCUGAUGAGACACCAAAAAAAGGUGAUGCAUCAAAAUGAUUGCUAUUAUUUGAAGCCCACAUUUUACACAGGCAGGUCACUGUAAUCUAAGGUUUCUCUGGGUAGGUAGGCCACACAAAUGUCCACUAGGGAAUAUGUGUAAAUAUCGUCCUAAUGUAGAAAGUCUUAAGAAACAGCGAGUGACCCCUAGAGCAGUCACAUAUUUCUACGCAAGAUUUCUCCCCAGGAAUGUGCAUAAAGUUUAUGCUGUGGAACCCAUCACCUGAAAGAAAAAUUAGGAAAAAUGUGACAACCGAGAGGGCUGUCAUGAAGUCAGUUCAGUUGUGUGCUCUACAGAAAGGAUGAGCUAGGCAGUGCCCGUGGGGAGGUCACUCUGUUGCUCUGUGUCUAUGAUUCUGUUUCUUUACAAGCGGUGCUAUCUUCUCCCUCAGUGCGGCUGUCUCGGGUUUGUCCUGAAGUCCCACGCCGUUAGUCCCACCCCUGGUGUUACUGCUAACCCAUGCCUCAUGAACUCUGGCCCAUGUUACUAUACCAGGUGCAAUGUCUGGAGUUAAUUUCAGAGCAGAAGGUGACAGCCCAGUGGAUGUGACUUCAUCACUGAACGUGACUGAGUAUGUAACUGGAUCUGACCUGAAAGAUGAUGCCGUGUGAUGCGUUCCAGUGAGGGAGAUGAAGUUGAGCUUUGAAACUGCUGUCUGUGUUCUCAUUGGCAGAAUUCAACUCUUUUUCCCCAAGCAGUGUUUAAUGAGCCCUGAAUCACCACAUCCUAUCCCAGGAAUACAGUGACAUUUCCAAGCAAGAGCUCAGGUGCCAACGCCAAAAGAGCAUGGGGAGUCCGCACAGUUCUGGUUAGAUCGAUAGAAAACCCAUGGACACAACUGUUCAUUCCUCAUCUUUCACUAGCACUAAAUUUGUCACUUUAAAUUUUGAAACCAGGGAAACGCCACCUGUCAUUCUGUCCUCAUUCCCCACGGCUCUUCAAUAUUUACAUGCCCUAAGACUUUUUUGAUAGCUCAUAUUCAUUCCAGUGUCUACUGAAACCCCAUCAUGUAAUGUACCGGGCACCUUCUUUUAAAAAAAAAAAAAUGUUUACUCUGUGGGUUUGAUUCAUUUCAAUUUCUGUGUUCUGACACAUAUUUUUUUAAUAAAGAUGAGAAAGAGAAAAUGACUGUUGCAGUACAUUUCUAGACUACUUUAACUUUACCUCAGAUGACAGUUUGUUAACAUAUAUGGACACAUUAUUUUUAACUUUAUGUACAGUGCAUUCAACAGAACAGCAAAAUUUUUAGAAAUUUUCCAUUAAUUUCUGUAACACACCAUGUAAAACUGUUACAAAUAAACAUGUUUGAGAACAACA